AUGAAACAACAAUCAGCUUCCAGCUUCCAAACGCUUCGAAUAUUUUUGAUACUUUGUUCCAUAUCCACCACCUUCCCUCUUACCCAACCGAACAUCUACAAUCUUCUCCAACAAGCCAACACACGACCUCCAACAGCAAAUGCUUCAAUUCCACUUGGUGUCAAACUUGGGAUGUAUCUAGAAAGCUUAGGAAACUUCCGCUCAUCAGAAAUGUCGUUUGACGUUGAUUUAUAUGUUUACAUGUCGUGGCAGGACACUCGUCUGGCGCAUAAUUUUUCCAACUAUGUGCUCAUCAACAAUGAUGAAAUUCGAAAACAGAUUUGGCUUCCCGAUUUAUACUUUGCCAAUGCUCGUCAAGCUAGCUUUCAAGAAGUUACUGUACCCAAUUUCAAUCUUUUCGUGGCACCCGAUGGAACUGUCGCCUAUUCGUGCAGAUGUACAUUGACAGUUGCCUGCAGUUUGAAUUUGAGAUACUAUCCAAUGGAUCAGCAAUUGUGCUCGAUUCGAGUUUUGAGUUACGCUUACAUUGCCAAACAAGUCAACGUGACAUGGUUUGAUAAGAAUCCUGUAAGGUUUAACGAAGAGAUCGGGCUGCCGGAAUUUCAAAUUGAACAUGUCUCAAAUGCAUACUGUAAUGGCUCAUAUCAAUAUGCACUAACUGCUGAUUCCUUUAAGUCAGACGACUUCAGUUGUCUUACUGGCAACCUAUAUCUAUCCCGUUCUAUUGGGUACAAUCUUGUACAAUCGUAUAUCCCUACUGGACUAAUUGUCAUGAUUUCUUGGGUUUCUUUCUGGAUUGACAGACGAGCUGUCCCAGCUCGAGUUACUCUCAGUUUCACAACACUUGUCUCUUUGACAACUCUUGGGAAUGGACUACGGUUCGGGCUGCCCCAAGUGAGUUACGCGAAAGCCAUCGACUUGUGGUACGGAGCGUGUAUGUUCUUCGUCUUUUGUGCACUUUUGGAGUUUGCAACUAUAAAUAGCUACAUGCGAAAGUCGGAAAAGUUUGAUAGUAUGGCAAAGAAGAUUCAAAGUGUGGUAUUGACAGGGAGGACAAGGGACUAUUUGGUUCGCGGCAUCAAGGAAAGCAUGCGGAUUGCAGGAGGAGCCGCCGGAAAUGUGGUUGAGGCUAUGUCCGACGAUUGGUGUACCUAUUCGACAGAGAACGGACGAUUGAAGACCGAGAAAAGUCCAAGAAGCUAUGGGAAGCCGGACACUGUGCAGGAUAUUUUAAGCGAGAGAAUCAAAUUCAUUGAUAAUGAGUUUGACUACGAUGCGAAAGAGGAUGAUGGAAUGGCCAUGUCGAUCUAUGAUAAUGUGUCCUGUCGCAAAGAUGACGUCGACUCAAGUUCAGAGGAAACAAAGUUCAGUACAAAACCAAAGAAAAAUGGAGCCAAUGGUACUAGAAAGUACAUUGAUAAGAGUCUUAAUCAAAACAGUGCGAAUGAGAGUUUGAUGGUUGCCACGUAUUUCCAGGUACUGUAA